AUGCUUCGCUCCUUGCGUCUCGCCCACCAACUCGCUCGCCCUUCUCUCGCUUCGGUACGCACAAUGUCCAGCGCCACUGCUCGCGACUACAACAAGGCGCUGUACGCGCCGCUCAGCGAGAUCGACCCCGAGGUGCAGAACAUCAUCGACAAGGAGACAUGGCGGCAGUACUCCGGUCUCGAGCUCAUCGCCUCUGAGAACUUGACCUCGAAGGCGGUCAUGGAGGCCAACGGCUCGAUCUUGACGAACAAGUACUCUGAGGGUCUGCCCAACGCGCGUUACUACGGCGGUAACGAGUGGAUCGACGAGCUCGAGCAGCUGUGCCGCAAGCGCGCCCUCGAGGCUUUCCACCUCGACCCGGCAAAGUGGGGCGUAAACGUUCAGCCCUACUCCGGAUCUACGGCGAACUUCGCCGCCCUUACUGCUCUCUUGCAGCCGCAGGACCGCCUCAUGGGUCUUGGCCUGCCCGACGGCGGCCACUUGACGCACGGUUACUACACCGCGAAGAAGAAGAUGACUGCCUCUUCGAUCUACUUCCAGUCCUUGCCCUAUAGCCUCGACCCGUCGACGCAGCUCAUCGACUACGAGGGCUUGUCCAAGCAGGCCCGCAUCUUCAAGCCUCGGCUCAUCAUUUGCGGUGCCUCGGCCUACCCUCGCGACUGGGACUAUGCUUCUCUCCGCAAGACCGCCGACGAGCACGGCGCGUACUUGAUGGCCGACAUUGCACACACCUCCGGUCUCGUCGCCGCGCAGGAGCUCGCCGACCCCUUCGCUUACUGCGACGUUGUCACCACCACCACGCACAAGACCCUCCGUGGUCCCCGUGCUGGUCUCAUCUUCUUCCGCAAGGACGGUGAGGCGCACAAGGACCUCGAGAAGCGCGUCAACGACGCCGUCUUCCCGGCUUGCCAGGGUGGCCCGCACAAUAACACCAUCGCUGGUAUCGCGACUGCUCUCCACCAGGCAUGCUCGCCGACAUGGAAGACCUACGCGCAGCAGGUCGUCAAGAACGCUCGUGCGCUCGCCGAGGAGCUCGUCAAGAACGGCUACAAGCUCCAGACCGAGGGUUCCGACAACCACCUCGUUCUCUGGGACCUCCGCCCGAUCGGUCUCACCGGCUCCAAGGUCGAGAAGAUCGGCGACCUGCUCGGUAUCACCAUCAACAAGAACGCUGUCUCGGGCGACAAGUCCGCGCAGGUUCCCGGUGGUAUCCGCCUCGGCACGGCCGCGCUCACCUCGCGCGACAUGACGGAGGACGAUGUGCGCCAGGUCGCGAGCUUCUUGCACCGUACGGUUCAGAUCUCGCUUGCGGUGCAGAAAGAGGCCGGCUCCAAGUUGUUGAAGGACUUUGAGCGCGUCGCGACGAACCAUGCUCAGGUUGUUGAGCUCCGUCGUGAGGUGCGCGAGUUUGCGCGCCGCUUCCCAUUGCCGGGUGUCACCGGCGAGAUCAAGCGCCCCGCUGGCAUUGAGGAGGAUGAUUAG